UCUCAUCGUCACUCUAAUUAAUUACUCCAGCUCCACUACUCCUCUGACCAAACAUUCCCCGUUCCCACGCACGGCUCGUUGACGGCAGCGCAGCCGCUGUUGAAGGGAUCGGAUCUAAGAAGAGAGGGGAGUGUAGCGGAGCGAGAGCGAGGGGAGAUGUCGGGCGGGUCACGGCGGUCGGGGGCGUGCGUGAAGUGCUGCCUGGUGCUGUUCGCCGUCGCGUCCGCUCUCUGCGUCUCGGGUCCAGCCCUCUACUGGAGAUACAAGAAGGGCUUCGGUGGUGGGAUUUCCUCCCACUCUUCUUCGGCCUGCGCGCCCUGCGUCUGCGACUGCCCCCCUCCCCUCUCCCUUCACAAGAUCGCGCCUGGAUUGAUAAACCUCUCAAUUACAGAUUGUGGGAAACAUGAUCCGGAGCUCAACAAGGAGAUGGAGAAGCAGUUUGUGGAUCUCCUCACGGAGGAGCUGAAGCUGCAGGAGGUUGUUGCUGAAGAGCAUACUCAUCACAAGAAUGCCACCGUUGUUGAAGCAAAAAGAAUGGCUUCUCAGUAUCAAAAAGAGGCUGAGAAGUGCAAUGCUGCAACAGAGAUAUGUGAGGAGGCCAGAGAGCGGGCUGAGGCAGGGCUGACUAAAGAGAAGAAGAUCACGGCACUCUGGGAAAGGCGGGCCCGUCAACUGGGCUGGCAAGAUGCAUGACUUGUGGUUUAGUAAAAUUUUCCGCUACUUGCUCUUUGUAACCAUAUCAGGUGUUUCUUCAAUAGCGAUGAACUGUAAUGUCUAUUUAUAUUUUUGAUGACGAACGGCACUAAAAGCGUUUGUAAUAUUAUGUUCUUACUCCUGGAGAAAUGUAGAUGCAUGCCUUAGGUUGGCCGAUGUCAAAUCUAAUAUGCUCUGUAUUUAUGCUGCAGCCAAUCUCUGCAGCCCGAGCUUAUAAUAUCUUGCUCUUCUCUACU